GCAUGGCGCUCCAUAUUUUGUGUGGAUUUUUUCUUACCACCUUUGUUUUCAUGCAAACACUGGCAGAUACUUCUUCAUCGUGCACCGAUUGCUUUGUAAAUUCAAGGGCAACAUAUUACCCCCAUUCUGAACAAAAUGGGACAGCCAACGGUGCAUGCGGCUUUGGUUCCUUUGGUGCUAUGGUGAACGGCGGCGACGUAUCUGCCGCUUCUAGUCUUUAUCGAAAUGGCGUUGGAUGUGGCGCCUGUUACCAGGUGAGGUGUACGGACGGUGGUUAUUGCUCAGAUAACGGUGUGACAGUGGUUAUAACAGACGAAGGGUCAAGUGAUAACACGGAUUUCAUUCUCAGCGAACAUGCCUUUGAUCGGAUGGCUCAGACCACUGAUGCAGCUGCUUAUCUCUUAGCCCUUGGCGUUCUUCAUAUUCAGUAUACACGGGUUGCAUGCAAUUAUCCACACGAGAACAUAACAUUCAAGAUAGAUGAGAGUAGCAGCAACCCUAAUUACUUGGCAUUUGUGAUUUGGUAUCAACAGGGAAUUAGAGACAUAACUGCUGUCCAGCUUUGUGAGGUAUACUAUAUAUAUACACAUACAUUCUCCUGCUUCCAAAUUAUUCUGCUGAAUCAAACUGAGAACUUUGAGUGCAAGCUGCUAGAUCGGAGCCAUGGUGCAGUGUGGACUAGCACCUCUCCUCCAAGUGGACCAUUGUCUAUAAGGAUGUUGUUUAGUGAUGAAGAUGAACAAAAUGAAGAAUGGGUUGUUCCUCCUAAUAACUUACCAGCAGAUUGGAAGCCUGGUCAAAUAUAUAACUCUGGGAUACAAGUUAACUUUUAAGGAAC